UUGCACACUUCUGGCGCAUGCGCAAACACAUCGAACAGUAGCAAAGCGGAAAAUCCAAGAUGGCGGACUAAGCGGCGUGGCUUUCUGGAGAAGUUUCACAUUUACGAUCUUAUAGAUUCAAAAAUAGCAUCAAAUACCUCAACUAUUCACUUUUUCUUAAGCGCACCGCGCGGACUUUGAGUGCGGAGCGACGGCGUGUUACCCGAAGUGAAGAUUGAAGACGUGAUAGAAGAUGGACGACUACUGCUAUGCUAAGAUGGCGACGUCACGUCAAAGAGAAAGUGAAAGAGAAUCAGCGCCACCAACGGGGAACAAUCUGAAAAGCGAAGAUGAAGACGUCUGUGAAGAACAUCUUCACCCUGAGCAACAGAAGUGGAGCUUCAGGAUGCGGACGGAGGAGCCACAGCCCUCCCACAUUAAGAAGGAAGAGGAAUACCCACUGAUCCCCCAUUUUAAAGAGGAAGAGGCGGAUCCACUGAGCUCUCACAUUAAGGAGGAAGAGGAGGAACGCAGCAUCAGUCAGCAGGGAGAGCAUCUUGAAGGACUGGAGGAGGUUGAUGUCACCAAGAUGCCAGUGACUGGUGUCCCUGUGAAGAGUGAAGAUGAUGAGGUCAAAGGUGAGAGUGAGGAGAGGGGAGGGGGGGAGCCUCCAAGCAGCAGCUCAACUCAACACAUGACAACAGAAGCUGAUGGAGACCACUGUGGAGGAUCACAAGCAGACAAGCUCUUAGCUCCACUAUCAGAUGGUGAGGACACAACGUCACACUCUCCUGACACUGAUGAUGAAGACUCUAAAGAUGAUAAGACAUGUCACACUGACAACACACACUUCACAUGUUCUCACUGCGACAAAACUUUUAAAUAUCCUAGCGAUUUGAAAAGACACAUAAGAACACACACCGGAGAAAAAACUUGGACAUGCUCAAUCUGUGGUAAAGGUUUUAUACUAAGUGGUUAUUUGAAAACACACAUGGGAACACACACUGGAGAAAAAACUUUUUCCUGCUCAGAAUGUGGUAAAGGUUUUGUAAGAAAUCAAAGUUUAAAAGUACACAUGAGAACACACACUGGAGAAAAACCUUUUUCAUGUUCGAUCUGUGGUAAAGAUUUUACUCAAAAGCACAGUUUCAAAGCACACAUGAGAGUACACACUGGAGAAAAACCCUUUUCCUGUUCAGAAUGUUGUAAAACUUUUGUACUACAUCAAAGUUUAAAAGUACACAUGAGAACACACACUGGAGAAAAACCUUUUAUUUGUUCAGUAUGUUAUAAAGGUUUUAUAGAAAAACAGCAAUUGAAAUUACACAUGAGAAGGCACUCUGAUGAAAAACCAUACUCCUGUUCAAGCUGCAACAAAAGCUUUCUUCAUCGACAAUCUUGUACAGCACACAUGAGAACACACACAAGUGAGAACGUGUUGAGUUGCAGUGUGUGUGGUGAAAGAUUCUCUUCUAAGUACCAGUGUAAGAAACACAAGUGUGCUGGUGAGAACAGCAGCAGCAAAUGAAGAUGCAGGAUUUGAAAUAAACUGUCAAAACUUGAACUUUGACUUUCUAACAACAUCAGCACAUAUAACAUGUGUGACAUCAUUGUUGUGUGUGUAACACAAUCUUGUUAAUAUGAUUCUAACAUUUAUAGAUUAGACACUUCAGAUUAGUGCUUUUAUUUCAGUCAAGUACAUGAGUUAAUAUACACAUUUGUGUACUUUAAAAUGAACAGAACAAUUCGACUGAAAGGGUGAGAAUAAACAGUACAUAAAAUAUGUUACGUAUUACAAUGAACAUUUUAAGUGUAGAUAUUCAUAAUUCACUUUUAUACUUUUUCAUUAUAGUGUUUUAUUUAUGUUUUUGAAAUAAUGACAUGUUACAUAUUUUAUUUUCGAAUUCUAGAUGAUUCUAUAGAUGAACUCCUUUAUAUGAUGUACAUAUUUGUUUUACAUGUGUUCAUACCUUUGCUUUUGAGUACACAUAAAUCCCUCUUAGUUCAUAUUUACUGGUUCACAUCUGAAACAUCUUCUGGACCACUUCUGGAAGCAUAUUAUUAUUUACUUUAUACAUCAUUUGAGCAGUUGUCUUUUAUACAAUUUUACAAUGUGUGACUUUAUGAAUCAUUUGUUGGGUGUCUAUAAUCCACUCUAUGAAUUGUCUUUAUUACUCUCUUGUGUGGCUUCACGGUGCCAGAAGGGUUAGUGCGUCUGCCGCAGUCCUGGGUUCAAUCCCAUGCUCGGGAUCUUUCUGUGUGGAGUUUGCAUGUUCUCCCCGUGAAUGCGUGGGUUCCCUCCGGGUACUCCGGCUUCCUCCCACUUCCAAAGACAUGCACCUGGGGAUAGGUUGAUUGGCAACACUAAAAUUGGCCCUAGUGUGUGAAUGUGAGUGUGAAUGUUGUCUGUCUAUCUGUGUUGGCCCUGUGAUGAGGUGGGGACUUGUCUAGGGUGUACCCCGCCUUCCGCCCGAUUGUAGCUGAGAUAGGCGCCAGUGCCCCCCGCGACUCCACAAGGGAAUAAGCGGUAGGAAAUGGAUGGAUGGACUCUCUUGUGUAAUAUGAAUAUUGUUGUGUGAUUGUUUUAUAUGUAUGUCCCCAGACCUUUUUGCAAUAAACAAUGUAUGCUUCAACUAAAGUUGGGUACAAUAAAUGUAGUUACUAUU